AGCAUAAGUGACAUUUGAAAUUUGAGGUUAGAAUUUUCUAAACAAUUUACAUUUCUCUCGAUAAAUUAAAUGUUUUCAACUCGUACAGGAAUACAAUGUCUUCAGCUCUAGUAAGACAAGCUCUCCAGUUCGUCGAACAAGAAGAGAGCGGUGGGAAGCGAGGCAAGCGGCGCGCGGGACCCGCCACCAGUCAAGAGCACACACACCCAUACAGAAAGCCUUCCAAGAAAAGCAAAGCACGCAAAGAAGUCCCGUCUGACGUGGAAGACACGGUGCGGAAACUGCUUGCACUGUCUGCACCCACACCUGACAAUACUGUAGCACAAAAAAUUGUAGAAAGGGCAGUGAAAGGCAAGCCACUGCUGGAGAAAAUUGAGGUUAAGAAAGAAGAAGAGAAGUCCAUCUUGUUCCCGGAAGAGCCACACUCCAAGUUUGAGCGGGAGUACUUCUGUAGCUAGGCAUCGGCUGUGAGCCCAGCCUAGUGACCAGCUCGUUGUAUGGACGUGUCCGACGCAGCGCUCGGCCGACUCAUCCUCACCGUCACCACCACUGUCUUCGUGCUCCUUGUUUUCUGGAUCAACACAUACCCCUUUGUUGAACAAGAGUUGUCGGGUUACCACUGGGUGGCGCGGCCGCAGUGGUUGCUGGUGUCGUGUGCGCUGUGGGGUCUGUGCUUCGUGGGCGCUCUCAUGUGGCACUCGGCGCGACAGUUGCGCUGCGCCUAGAGUGGCUGACCACACUGUCCCCGCAGCCGCCACAGCCACCGCAGCGUCCAAAGCCGCCGCGGCCGCCCGAGCCGCCUCACUUGCCGACGCCGCCGCAACCGGCCGCCGGUCACAGCAGCAGUUGCCGCGUGCGCUGCACGCAUUCCACAACAAUCAU